UGCUGCUAAUCUGAGAGUCAGCUAGUCGGACGUUCUACAGACUUCAUUCAAGGAGCAAAGCCGCUUGAAACUCGCAAGUACAGGGCCGCCAUCUGCUGGAGACUUCAUGAGGAAAAAAAAAAUGUUUCUCUCAUUGUUGUUGCUGUAAAUCUGUGGGGUUGAAACCGAAUACAAUUUUUAUAAGAUUCUUCCCAUAUGUGGUAUCCGGUUUGGCUUUUUCUCUGCGAUCCUCGGCCCCCUUUUGGGAUUCGACAGCCGCACGGCACAUGUCAAUGUGAACUGACUGACAAUUCUUUUUGUUUUUUCAUUCUCCCACACCUGUUCUUGGCUGUCACGCAGCACAGAGCCUGACUGCUGCCAUCUCUACCGAGAAACAACAGGCUCUGUGACAAAGGUUGGACGCCGCCGCUGCCCGGGGUCGACCCCAAAUGUCGUGACAGGGAAGGGAUGGAAGAGAGCUAUGAGACAUUUGAAGAGGAGUUAAGGCCACCAAGAGCAGUACCUCCUCCACAGAAGCCUGUUCCACAGAUCCUCAGAACAGAAAUGAGCACUACAAGAAAAUUCAAAGAGGAAAUUCCUACGUUUUCACAACCAGUUAGAGCGGAACCCAAGAUUUUACUCAGGGAGCCGAGCCUCCCCCGAACAACCUUACGUAAAGCUUCGUCCAUCCAGAACUUGACCCAGAUUGAAACGCCCUGGGAGAACGUCACCCUCAACCGCUGUCUGUUUGUGGCCAUCUCCAUCCUGGUGGUGACCUCAGGCUUUCAGAAGCUUCAUGAAAGCCUGCGUGGUCAGAGGGCAGCAGAGGAGGAAGACGUUGGACUGACAGUGAGACGGACCGGCAGACUACGACACAGUAGACCACCACCAGAGCCCGAGACCACACUGUGGGAGGUCAUGUCACAGUGGCUACCAGACCUCGACGAUGAAGAGGACGAGGAGGACGAUGACGCCGAUGAGGGAGGAGGCAAAGUGAAAAAGUCAAAGAGAGGAGCGACAGCACGAGCAUCAAGAGGUCUCCGAAAUAAGCCACCCCCGGACAGAAAAUCCAUCAAACGAAGAGAAGGAACAUUUAAGGAAGGGAGAGCCAAAAAAGAAAUCAAAGACAAGACGUACAGAAACAAGAAGAAGGAACCUGAAGCGGGCCCAGGGGAGGAAGAUGAGGAUGACGGAGAGCCGGAGGAAGAGUCAGGGAGUCAAAGGCUGGAUGGAAAGAAAGAGAAGAGAAAAACUCAAAAGGCAUGAGCGGAUUCUUUGUACUCUAAAAAUGUUGCAUUACCUUUUCUAAACCACUUUCACUAGAAUUGAUUUGAUAACAUUUAUGAAGGUGGUAAUGUUGAAUGCAAUAAUAAUCACCAGUGAGACUCAAAGUAAUGUUGCUGCUUUGCCUAACAGAUGUGCUUCUGUGUAAUGAAACACCUGUAAAGACAUUUGCAUUUCCAUUUCAUUGUAUCUGCCGGCGGCUUACUCUCAACCCUCCAUGACAUCGCUCGAUUCCAGUGAGUUUUGAAAGACCCAAAUCAUUGUAAAAGUUAGCAGUCUGUAUUUUGUAAUCAGAAGGUAUUGAAUAUGGCAAAUUAAAGAUUGUUUGUUUGCUUAUGACUAGUUUAA